AUGUCGUCAUUACGCAAUUUAGCCAUUUUUUGGCUAAAUUGCAAAUUUAUUUGCCUUUUAAUUGUGUUGCUAUUGCUCUGCGAAAGCGUUGUCCAAGUGCACGCGAAUCCAGAUGCCAAACGGCUCUACGAUGACUUGCUCAGCAACUAUAAUCGACUCAUACGACCUGUUAGCAAUAAUACGGACACGGUUUUGGUAAAACUCGGUCUACGCUUAUCACAGCUGAUCGAUUUGAAUUUGAAAGAUCAAAUCUUAACGACGAACGUUUGGCUCGAACACGAAUGGCAGGAUCACAAAUUCAAAUGGGAUCCCUCGGAAUAUGGCGGUGUUACCGAGUUGUAUGUGCCAUCCGAGCAUAUUUGGCUGCCCGAUAUAGUGCUCUAUAAUAACGCUGACGGCGAAUAUGUCGUCACAACCAUGACAAAAGCUAUUCUCCAUUACACCGGUAAAGUUGUUUGGACGCCGCCGGCCAUUUUCAAGUCAUCGUGCGAAAUCGAUGUUCGCUAUUUUCCGUUCGAUCAGCAAACAUGCUUCAUGAAGUUCGGUUCGUGGACCUAUGAUGGUGAUCAGAUUGAUUUAAAGCACAUUAAUCAGCGAAACGAUAAGGACAAUAAAGUCGAGAUCGGUAUAGAUUUGCGUGAGUACUAUCCCAGCGUGGAAUGGGAUAUUUUAGGUGUACCAGCAGAACGGCAUGAGAAAUACUAUCCAUGCUGUGCUGAACCAUAUCCAGAUAUUUUCUUCAACAUUACACUGCGUCGUAAGACACUCUUCUAUACCGUCAAUCUCAUUAUACCUUGCGUCGGUAUCUCCUACUUAUCCGUGCUCGUAUUCUACUUACCCGCCGAUUCUGGUGAGAAAAUCGCGCUCUGCAUAAGCAUUCUACUAUCGCAGACAAUGUUCUUCCUGCUAAUUUCGGAAAUUAUACCGUCUACAUCGCUGGCCUUACCGCUGCUUGGCAAAUAUCUACUCUUCACUAUGCUUUUGGUGGGGCUGAGUGUCGUCAUCACGAUUAUCAUACUCAAUAUACAUUACCGCAAGCCGAGCACACAUAAGAUGGCACCGUGGGUGCGCGCCUUCUUCAUUAAACGGCUGCCGAAAUUAUUGCUAAUGCGUGUGCCAAAAGAUUUGCUACGCGAUUUAGCGGCUAGUAAAAUUAAUUAUGGCACCAAAUUUAGUAAGACUAAAUUCGGCAAGGCGCUCAUGGAUGAGAUGCAAAUGAACUCAGGCAGUUCCAGUCCGGAUUCGUUGCGACGCAUGCAGGGGCGUAUGGCCGGCUUAGGCGGUGGCGGUUGCAAUGGACUACAUGCCACUAGCGCAACCAAUCGCUUCAGCGGUCUGGUAGGCGCUUUGGGUGGCGGCUUAAGUACGCUCAGUGGUUACAAUGGCUUACCGUCGGUACUCUCCGGCCUAGACGAUUCACUCAGCGAUGUGGCGCAGCGCAAAAAAUAUCCAUUCGAACUGGAAAAGGCCAUUCACAAUGUAAUGUUCAUACAGCACCACAUGCAGCGACAGGAUGAAUUCAAUGCGGAAGAUCAAGAUUGGGGUUUUGUUGCCAUGGUACUGGAUCGUCUCUUUUUAUGGCUCUUCAUGAUCGCAUCCCUGGUUGGCACAUUCAUGAUUCUAUGCGAGGCACCCUCGUUGUAUGACGACACGAAGCCGAUCGAUGUGGAGUUGUCGGUGAUUGCCAAGCAACUUUAUAACUUAACCGAAAAGAAGUCAUAAACGCAAAAGCAGAAAGCAAAGCUAAACGCGUAAAUCAUUAUAUAAUAAAUUAAAAAAUAUAAUGAAAGUAAAAGACUUCUUAAAAGGAGCUGCGCUUAAUAAAAUUAACGCUUACUUAGAAAGAUGAUAAGCAAGAAGCACACAACGUGCGCGCACUGAAGGUUUUCUCGCAAGACUUGACUCUUCCAGAAACAAAAUUUUAACAAAAAUUCAUUAAAAAAAAAAAGUUAAAUACGAACAUGGCAAGUAAUACUGCGUGUUUGCCGAGUAAAAGAUAAUGUUAAAUUAAACAAAUCACAUAAAUGAGAAAUAUUUGUAGUUAGUAAGCACUUCGAAUCACAUAAACCCCUAAGA